CUCCUCCGCGCCUGGGCAGUUCGCACCGAGCGGGAGGCAGACAGGAACAGUCCAGACUCCAGAGAGCGCCCCCCCUGCACAGAGAGCGAGAGGGAGAGAGAGAGAGAGGGCGGAGCAGUCGCCGGCGGCGGCCAGCAGCGGAGCGGAGAUGAAGGAGAGAGGCGGGUCGAGGGCGGCGGUGGACGAGCGGUACGCGCAAUGGAAGUCGCUCAUCCCCGUCCUCUACGACUGGUUCGCGAACCACAACCUCGUCUGGCCAUCCCUCUCCUGCCGGUGGGGUCCUCAGUUUGAGCAGGCUACCUAUAAGAAUCGUCAGCGCCUUUACCUAUCAGAGCAGACAGAUGGAAGUGUCCCGAAUACCCUGGUCAUUGCAAACUGUGAAGUUGUGAAGCCACGGGUUGCAGCUGCAGAGCACAUAUCACAGUUCAAUGAGGAAGCACGAUCACCUUUUGUAAAGAAGUACAAGACUAUCAUUCACCCUGGAGAGGUUAACCGAAUCAGGGAGCUUCCACAGAACAGUAGGAUCAUUGCAACUCAUACGGACAGUCCAGAUGUGCUUAUUUGGGAUGUUGAGUCCCAGCCAAAUAGACAUGCUGUCCUAGGAGCUGCUGAUUCUCGCCCUGAUUUGAUUUUAAGAGGGCAUCAGGAAAAUGCUGAGUUUGCUCUUGCCAUGUGUCCAGCAGAACCGUAUGUGCUCUCAGGAGGAAAGGACAAGUCUGUGGUUUGGUGGAGCAUUCAAGAUCACAUAUCUGGACUUGGAGACUCCUCAAAAAGUGAGGCUUCCCCAGGGGCAUCAGGCAGCAAGCAUAGCAAAACUGCAAAUGAAAAGGAUAGUCCUAAAGUUGAUCCUCGAGGUGUAUUCCACGGGCAUGAUAGCACUGUUGAAGAUGUCCAGUUCUGCCCUUCGAGUGCACAGGAGUUCUGCAGCGUUGGUGAUGAUGCUUGUCUUAUUCUCUGGGAUGCCCGGACUGGUACUAGCCCAGCCGUUAAGGUUGAGAAAGCUCAUGGUGGAGAUGUUCAUUGUGUCGAUUGGAAUCUUCAUGAUGUUAACUACAUCUUAACUGGCUCUGCUGAUAACUCUGUCCGAAUGUGGGAUCGGCGAAAUCUGGGUCCUGGAGGUGCUGGUUCUCCAAUUCACAAAUUCGAGGGCCAUAAAGCUGCUGUCCUUUGUGUUCAGUGGUCUCCUGACAAAGCAUCUGUUUUCGGAAGCUCUGCGGAAGAUGGUUUCUUAAAUGUGUGGGACCAUGAGAAGGUGGGAAAGAAGAAAAAUCCUAAUUCACCUGGCGGGCUUUUCUUUCAACACGCAGGUCAUAGGGACAAGAUCGUAGAUUUCCACUGGAACUCUUCAGAUCCUUGGACCAUUGUGAGUGUAUCUGAUGAUGGUGAGAGCACUGGUGGAGGUGGAACUUUGCAGAUAUGGCGUAUGAGUGAUUUGAUCUACCGCCCAGAGGACGAGGUUGUUUCAGAGCUGGAGACCUUCAAGUCUCACUUGGCCAGCUGCACUCCGAGGGCUUGAAUCAUGAGAUAGUAGUUAUCUGUCCAUUUGAAACAUUGGUCAUGUCCUCUGAUGCUAGAACAACCUAGACUUGUACCCUUAAGGUGCUUGUGAGCUUAUUUAACUUGUUGUAUUAUUCGAAUCUGUAUGCUCUGCGAACACAGCGGAGCUUUAUUUCUGUAGCCAGACUAUUGGGGUAUUGGCCUAUUGGGAACAUUGUACCGGUAGCUUCGAGUGGACCUUAUGAGAUUGCUUGUAAUGAGUGUUUGUGUUUAUGACUUGGUCAGUUUUUUUUUGUGAGAAAACUUUUGAUAUAUUCA